UUGGAUUUAAUUACCAACUCUUAAAACCGGGGGUUAUUGGAUUUUGGAUCUAAUUGCCAGCCCUAAUUAUCUUUUUUUGGUUGAGUAGUUACAAAAAGUGUGGAGAUCGGAGUGUAGAGUAGAGUGGAACUGGAAGUGCAGUGUAGAGUCCUCCGAAGAGUGAUGGGAAAUUCAGAGAAACCCUUUCCAUUAAGGCUGAUCCCCAUUCGUAAUAGUAAUACGCAAUCUCUCUUCUACUUGCUGCUGUUCCUACUGGUGCUAGGUCAUUCUAUCCAGAGCGUCGAUUCAGGAGCGUCGGACGGCAGCAGCAGAAGAAAAGGAGUGGAAUGGCAAAUUCUCACCAAACUCAACUACUCCUCAGAAAUCCGUCGCCAUCCCAAUCUCCUUCUCAUGAUCACCCUACCAUGGUGUGGAGAGUCGCGGUCCCUUGAGAAGCAGUUAGCAAAUGCUGUCACAACUCAGCAAGAGAGAUUCGGUUCCCUAAAGCUGAUGUUAUUGUACAGAAAUACUGAGAGAAUGCUGGCAAAUGCACUUGGCGCCUCCGAGUCUGGCGAUGCAGUAACUAUUAUCUACUUCCACCAUUCCUUGUCUUACAAGUACCGCGGAACACUUCGAGUGCAAAACAUCCUAUCUUCUGUUCAUCAUGUCAUGUCUCUCUUGCCUGAACACCUUCCCUUAAGACUCUUACGCACAUCACACGAGUUGAGGAAUUUCCUUGAUUCAACUGACAUCACUUUGCUUCUUCUGGAUUUUUGCGGAUGGACUCCCGGGCUGCUUGCUAGGGGUUUGAGUGAAGAGACCAACGGAACACUUGUGCAGGAGGAGAAGCAGCCGAAGGUGGAUGGCAUUCAAGGCCCCAAAAUGAGUUGCAGUGCUGAUAAGGGGCUUAAUCAAUUUCCUUGGCUUACUGAGCUUACCUUGGGGAAUGAUGGCAAUUUUUCAGAGGCAGAUAAGAUUACACAUACAGAUGGUUUUUCAUGUACAGUUGAUGAACUUCAGCUUCUUAAAUCUUUCUUGCGAAAGUUAAUGAAGUUUGCAAGGGAUUUCUUCCUUCCUCCUGAAAGGCUAGGAUUUGGAUUGGUUUCUGAGAAAUCAUUGCUUUCUGAGCUAGAUAUCGAGGCUUCUGCUGCUCCCUGGUUGAUGAAACUAUAUUCUGCUGGUUGCCCAACUUGUUCAAAGGUUCUUACGGAAGGUGAUGAUCUCAAAGCCAUAUUACAGACUCAAAAGUCUGUUGUCACAGAGCUGACAGAUGACAUGUAUGAUGUACCCACUUUACCUGCGAGUAGGGCGUCAAUACUUCUUUUCAUUGACAGAUCAUCUGAUUCCUUAUCUAUCAGGAAAGACAGCAAGGAAGCUCUUGAUGCUUUCAGACAAUUAGCAAUGCACCAUAACAUCUCAAAGCAUAUGCCUGGAGGAAGCACUAUUAAAUUGACAAAGUCAUCUGAUGAAACUGCUCGAGGACAUGGUACGUCAGUAGUCCCUAAACUAGAGCGCUUUCCAGCAUUUCAGAAGUUAAAUGUGAAGGAUAAGAUGUCUGUAGUGCUUAUGAAUGAUCAGACGCAAAUUUCGCUAGAAAAAUUUAUUUCAGAUUUACAGGGUAGUUCCUUGCAUGAGAUCCUGGAAAAUUUGCUCCAGAAAAAGAAAGAAUUAAAGUUAAGCUCCCUUGCAAAAGAUGCAGGAUUUCAACUUUUGUCUGAAGAUUUUGAAAUUAAAGAUGCUGAACCUCUACCUGUCCAGCCAGAAUUUCAGCCUAAUUUGGAGUUUUCUCAAAAAGAUGAUAUUGAAGAUACUUUGGGUCUGGACAGGGACACUAAGCUCCAAAACCAUGUUAGUUUCAAACCAGUGACUGAUGAAGAAUCCAGAAUGACUGAUGCCACAUCUUCUUAUCUAGGUCAUCAGAAUGAUCCCAUUGGGAAGAAUGAGGAAUCAUCUGCUGAAUACACUCGUAUUCAUACAACUAGAGUUGGUGAUGGUCAAGAGAGGAUGCCCGAGGAGGAAAGACUUGCCGGAGUGCAUGAGCAGACACGACACAAAGGAUUUAGUGGUUCAUUUUUCUUUUGUGAUGGUCACUCUAGAUUGCUUGGAGCACUCACUGCUUCUAGCUUAAAGAUUCCAUCAGUGGUGAUAAUCGAUCCCAUUAUGCAGAAACAUUUUAUCUUACCUGAGACGGCUACUUUGAGUUAUUCCUCAUUAUCUGAUUUUCUUGAUGGGUUUCUAAAUCAAAGUCUUUCUCCAUAUCGACAAUCUGAAACUGUUCUUCAGAGCCCUAGGGAGGCUCCAGUUCCUCCAUUUGUCAAUCUAGAUUUUCAUGAGACUGAAUCUAUUCCUCGAGUUACAGCCCAUACAUUUUCUGAGCUGGUCCUUGGUAAUCAGUCUGAUUCUGUGAACGAUGGUAAUCCUUGGGACAAAGAUGCGUUGGUUCUAUUAAGCAACAGCUGGUGUGGAUUUUGCCAGCGGAUGGAAAUGGUUGUUCGUGAAGUAUUUAGAGCAAUUCAAGGUUAUGAUAGAUCAAGUAGCAAGAAUUCUUUAUUGACAAAAGAUAACAUUAGGAGUUCCACAAAGGUGCCACUCAUUUAUUUGAUGGAUUGCACGCUGAAUGACUGCAGCUGGAUUUUGAAAUCUGUGGUUCAGAGGGAAAUUUAUCCAUCUCUGUUACUAUUUCCAGCUGGCAGGAAGGAUGUGAUUAGUUACGAAGGAGAUGUAGCAGUUUAUGAUGUCAUAAGAUUUUUGUCUGAUCAUGGAACUCUGGUCAAUGAGAAAGAUAUUUCAUGGGGUGAGAUCAAAGAAGGUGGAGGUUUUUCUAUAACUGCUCCUCUGUCCCAGAGCACAUACUAUGAAGUUUUCCUGGAGGACCAGAAGAGAGAAGUUGCAGCUACUCAAUUCAGAGUUCAAUCUUGGAGCAGCUCACAUGAAUCAACCCCUUUAGUAGUUCCUGGAUGCAUUUUAACUGCAACAGACAAGCUCCUGAAUGUACAGCCCUUUGAUGAAUCCAAAAUUCUUAUCGUGAAAGUGAAUCAAGCCACAGGAUUUGAAGGUUUGAUUGUUAACAAACAUAUCAAUUGGGAGUCACUUGAAGAACUUGAAGAAGGUCUACAAAAGCUAAAGGGUGCUCCUCUUUCUUAUGGUGGUCCUGUUAUGAAACAAGGAAUGCCCCUGGUUGCUUUAGCACAGAAAUUUGUGGAUGAUAAGCACCCAGAAGUGCUGCCGGAUGUGUAUUUUCUUGAUCAAUGGGCAACACUUCGACUAAUGGAUGAACUGAAGUUGGGGAAUAAAUCUGUUCGUGGUCACUGGUUUUUCUUGGGGUUUUCAAGCUGGGGUUGGGAACAGUUGUUUCAUGAGAUUGCUGAGGGAGCUUGGCAUGUUAGUAAAGGAAAUACUGAACAUUUAGAUUGGCCUGAGAUCUUCUAGUACACUGUAAUAUUGUUGUGAUAUAGUGGAGAUAUGGGGUACGUUAGUAAAAAAUUUGGCAAACAGGUGAGGAAUUCAAAUAGGACCAAUUAAGAUCAAGGAAUAUAACUUGUAAAAGUGUUUUAUAAUGAGGGUAAGGCAUUGUUUUUUUACUUGUUGGGAAGACCACCUGUUUCCAUCAACCUUUAACUGGAUCUCCCCUUUACCCCUUAAGUUUCUUUGCCAGUUGCAAUUCGUGUCUUUUAUCACUAUA